AUGUUUAUACCAAAGUGCCAAGCAAUUAAUUGUCGAGCAGUUAUGCACAGAUUCAAUAUUAACAAUAUUCUUGAAUCCUUACAGCUUUCAGGUGGUCAACGAUUCGAUUGGACUAUGGAAGAUGAGUAUGAGUUGGUAAGAAGAAAGGACAACAUCACUACUCUCGCUUCACUUGUUGUUAAAUGUUGCGAUACAAUGUAUCGUAAUAUGAUGGAGUCUUCACAAUUUCUAAGCUACAGUAGCUCAUUAACCUCCCUGAACAUUUUCAUGAAAUAUAAUUUAAGAUUGUGGAAUAAAGAUCAAAAAUUUUUAAGAGUUCCAAACUAUGAAAUUACUUAA